AUGGUAUGUCAUCUAGGAGUGGAAAUUGUUCACCUGAAUGAACAUUAUCAUGGGUCUUCUGAGUUUCAUGCUAAUGAUUUAGCUAUUAUUGUGGUACGAAACAGAAUUUCUUUUAAUAUUGGUGUUGCGCCAGUUUGCGUUGAUUGGAGAGAUAUAAAUACUAUACCAAAUGGAGCUAAAGGGAAGAUUGUUGGUUGGGGAAAAACGGAAAAAGGUAUUGAAAGUCCUAUUUUGCUGGAGGCAUCUUUACCGUACAUUGACCAUAAUUCUUGCCGGGAUAUGUAUAUAAACGGAUUUGAACGAUAUGUAACUGUUGAUAAGUUUUGUGCCGGUUCUGCAUUGGGACAAGGAGUGCUUAAUGGGGAUAGCGGUGCAGGCUUAAGUUUUCUACACUCUAAUUCUUAUUAUUUAACCGGAGUAGCCAGUGUCAAAGAUCCAGAAAAAAAUGAUUCAGUCGCAGUUUUUACAGAAAUUAAGCACCACAUUCAAUGGAUUCGCAGACUGUAUAACAAACAUAACUAA